AUGCAGCAAGCUAAUAAGGUGGAAAGAUACAUAAGAAGGAUAGGACUUGCUCAGGCAGUAGUAAAUGUAUCAAACAAAAUAUGGGCAUUUAUUGAUGAGGUAUAUGAAGUGGACAUUAUGUACAACAUGGUGCAGCAGUUGACUCUGAAUCUAUUUCACACUGAAACACAUGUAGUACUGAUCCUAACAUUGGUCUAUGCAAAAUGUGAUCAUAUUGAGAGAAUAGAACUGUGGGAUUCAUUGUAUGCAAUGGCAUCUGAUAUGACUUCCCCAUGGCUUGUAGGGGGAGAUUUUAAUGUCAUUUGGGAUGAAGAGGAGAAAUUUGGUGGUCUGCCAGUAUCACUGAAUGAAAUAGAUGAUUUUAGGCACUGUGUAAAUACUUGUAACUUGUCAGAUUUGGGGUUCAAAGGGAGCAUAUUUACCUGGUGGAAUGGAAGAUAUGAGGAUGAUUGUAUAAUUAAAAGGAUUGACAGGUGCUUGGGGAAUGUAGAACUGCAGGAAAUUUUUCCAGGUUUGGAGUUUACUCAUUUAUCUAAGACUUGCUCAGAUCACUGUCCCAUGCUACUGAAAUGUGAUAUUGGAACACAUCCUAUCAAGAAAACUUUCAGAUUUCUGAACUUUUGGACUAAGCAUGAAUCAUUUAAAGCAGUGGUGAAAGAGAACUGGACAGCAGAUUUUUGUGCAAAUCCAUUUGUGCUGUUUAACCACAAACUAAAGAAGUUGAAGAAGGUUUUAUCAUCAUGGAGCAGAACAACAUAUGGUGAUAUUUUUCAGAAGAUUGCUAGCCUAGAAGAAGUGGUGCAGGCAGAACUGAUGAAAUAUUUAGCACUAGAGGAGGAGUUCUGGAAGCAAAAAGCAGGAAUGUCAUGGUUCAAAGAUGGUGAUAGAAACACCAAGUUCUUUCAUGCUCAAGUUAGAGGAAGGAGGAAAAGGUUACAAUUAAAAAGGAUCCAAGAUAGUAACGGCAGCUGGUUGGAAGAAGAUGAACAAAUUGCAGAAGAGGCAGUUAAUUUCUAUAAGUAG